AUGAGCGAUCAGGUAGCAAAUUACAUUCGUAACUGUGAGAUUUGCAUGGAGUUCAGUGGAAAUCAAAGUAAACCGCCGAUGACAACACAUCAAAUUCCACAAUAUCCAUUUCAGCGAGUCAAUAUCGACCUCGGCGAAAUAAAAACAGGUGACAAAAAGUUGACACUGAUGGUCACAGCGGACAGCUACUCGGACUUCGUUGAAGUAGACUUUUUAAAUGAUACAAAAACGAGAACCAUCGUAACCGCUUGCAAACGCAAUUUCGCACGACAUGGAAGUCCUGAAGUGGUGGUCACAGACAACGGACCACAGUUUGAUAACAACGAAUGGACUAGUUUUGCAUGUAAAUGGGAUUUUGUUCACGUGACUUCUUCUCCGUACCAUGCCCAAGGAAAUGUUCUACAACAGCAUCGCAACACGCCGAAUGCGAUAGGAUCCAGCCCGAACCAAAGAUUAUAUUCAAGAAAUACUCGCAGUGUAGUGCCAGUCAUUACUAAUCGCUUAAAGCCACCGAAAGCGCCACAGGUGGAGGAGAAUAUUCGGCACAAGAGAGCGGUCACCAAAGUAAGCUACAAUAAAAACGAAAAAAAGUUGCCAAACCUGAGUGUUGGAGCUGAUGUACUGGUACAACGUAGGCCGGACCUGGGAUCUACCUGGGAGAAAGCAGUAUUACUAAGGCGACUUGAGGACCAAUCAUAUGAAGUGCAAACGAAGGAUGGUGCAGUUUAUCGCAGGAGUGCAGUACACGUGAAGCCAGGCAAACAAGUGCAGUUAGACGAGCAAGUAGAGUUGCGAAGACAGCGUCGGCUAAAUCAAGAACGAGAAGAGAAGCUACACCAAGAACAGCAGCAGCAAGUAAACAAAGCGUCAUUCACGAGAAGCAAUAUGGUUAACAAAGCGGCAGCAAAUUCGGAGAAAUAUGUGUUCGAACGACAUGACUAUGGAGCAACCAACGUGAUGGACCAGCCAGUACCGGAGUACCAGAAGCAGCAUUCGUCUUUGGGCACAGAAGUGUCCAAUCCCAGUAACGAGGAAAGAGAUUCACCGACAACACCAACAGCUCGAUCAAGGCGAAACUCAAAAGACGUAGAGAAUAUUGUUCCGUCGUCCUCGGGUCGACCAAAGCGAGAAAUUAUUAAACCUUCAAGGUUUUUGGAUUAG